CUUUGAGGUUAUUUCCUCAUUGUCGGAGCAUGUAGGUACAAAGCGUAUUCUUCGGCCUAUAAAGGAUCUCCAACAAUGCAUUCCUUGCUUUCUUCGCUGCGACCCUUCCCCACUCCUCUUGCGGAUCCAGAUUCCUGUCCAUUCCAUUGUUCAACGGUCAUUAACAUUGUCCAUUGUCCAUGACUACUGCUACACUCACGUACAAUGCCGAUGCGCACAUUCGGCAGUCGCCAUCAAUAACCUUUGCCACUCCAUCAAUAUUGACACAAGUACAUCUUGAAACGGAUCCACGUUUCGCGUUCGCGCGCGUAAAGGGAGAUAUAUGUCUAGUCCAACUGCAUCCAAUCCAAUCCGAGACAUCACGAGAAUCUCUAGGGGUUAUCGUCUUUCGACACGAAUUUGUGUCCAUCUUUCGGUAUUCGCAUGACCUACGCGUAUCCCCCGAGGACAUUCGUGUUCUUGAGCUUCUUGAUGAAGACCGGAUACGCUAUGAGGAGGACAACGGGACUGUCUUCCUGGCAAAGGAUCUUAUGGCUCAACUUCGGAGGAUGAUUGAUGCAAGUAAUAUGGUUAGGUUGCAGAGGGGAAGACAAGGGCACAGGAGGAGGUCAAAUUAGGUGGUCACAGGCGACAAGAGAUUCAAUAUUCAUGGUUUGAACACUUCCGGUAGCAUGUAUUAUACGUAAGUACUUUCAUAUUUAUGGGCUGGCUAGCAAUUCGUUUGUAUACCCUAUGUAGCAUCAUGGCAAUUGUAUUCACAUCGGUAACGAACGUUUGGCUUGACUUGAUAAGUUCAUUAAUGUAGUUCAGCUUGAUCUUCCAAUAUUACAAAGCCCUCCUGACGCCACAGCACGGCCGUGUUUGUGCAUCGUCAGUCCCAC